AUGGCUUCUUCGUCACAGUCUGUAUCUACUGUUGAAUCUGCAAAACGAGCUGCAGCGUACGCGGCUGUGGAUGCGUACGUCAAGCCACACCAUCAACUCAUUGGAAUUGGAUCUGGCUCGACGGUACCGUAUGUAGUAGAACGGAUCUAUGAGCGAGGCGAAAAAGUGAACAAUUCUUGCAGGUUUGUGCCGACAAGCUUCCAGGCCAAGAACCUCAUCAUAGAGCGAAAUCUCAACUUGGGCGACAUGGACACGGGCCUACAAUUGGAUGUGACUAUCGAUGGUGCUGACGAAGUAGAUGCAUCUCUCAAUCUCAUCAAAGGCGGAGGUGCAUGUCACUUGCGUGAGAAAGUCCUUGCUGAAGCGGCAAAAGAGUUUGUCGUCGUUGCAGACUUUCGGAAAAUGUCGAUGGUGCUCGGGGAGAAUUGGAGAAAAGGAGUGCCUGUGGAAGUCGCUCCGUUCGCUGCGAAACAUGUGCUCAAGUCGCUGGAAAGGCUCGGUAGCACAGACGCUAAACUCCGUAUGGCUGUGGCUAAGGCUGGACCUGUCGUCACGGACAAUGGGAAUUUGUGUAUUGAUGCCGUCUUUCCCGAGUCCAUCAUGCGCAAUCCUGAUCACUUGCUGAAGCAGAUUAAACUCUUGACCGGUGUGGUUGAAGUGGGGAUUUUUACCAACAUUUGUAAGGCAGCGUACUUCGGUAAUGAAGACGGUUCAAUCACGCGCCAGCUUCCUGAUGGUUCUAGAGUUCGUAUGUAG